AUGGCAGGGAUCGGAAACGACCGGCGCCCGACGAUCCGUCCGGCCUUCGUCUGCAGGGCGGCUUCGACCUGGCCUCCCGGCCGCCUCCGGAGCCACACGGGAGGGGCUGACGGUCGGCCCCGUGUCUCUGUGCGCUAUGGAAAGAAGCAUAAGCUAGAAGAAGAGGCAGAAGGUUGUCCUGUGCGGAAGAAGAGGCUGACAGGAGCCAAAAAUUGCCCUUUGAAUCCCAACACUGAAGAAUGGAUUCUCUGUGCAGGUCAGCAGGCAGCUGGGGAGGUAGCAAGUCAGUGUGGUGGCAGCGGUCCUGAAACUGCCAUGUUAGAAAUUCCCUGUGAAGAAAUGGAUCAGACAAUGGGGGAACAGCAAUGCGAGGUUGCUCGCAGGAAACUUCAGGAAAUUGAGGACAGGAUAAUUGAUGAAGAUGAGGAAGUUCAUGCUGAUGGAAAUGUUAGCAAUCUGCCCACUCUUAUCCUGUCAGAUACCCUUAAAAAAGGGAUGAAGAGGGAUUUUGGUGAAGUCCUGACAAAGAAAAUAAUAGAGUCUAUGAGCCGUCCUUCUAUGGAGCUGGUGCUUUGGAAACCUCUUCCUGAAACUCUGACAGAUAAACUGAAGUCUGUUUCUGUUAAGAACUUCAAGCAGCAGAGUACAGAAGGGUGUCAAGCUAAGCAGCCAACACCAAGAGCUCCUUUUGACCCACAGACUGAAACGUUCCCUGAAUCACAACAGACUGCCAUGUCUCCAGAUCCGUAUGCUAGUUUGGGAAUAUCUGGGUGUGCAGAAGAAGAAAUGGAGUUGUAGGUGCCAGAUUUUAGAUUGGAAGUGGUGAGCUUCUGAUGCUUUUUGUUGGUGUUUUUUUAUUCUUUCUGGUUUGAUGUGUGAAUCUGAAGUUAUAUUAUUUGUUUUUUUGUUUUCUUAUUAACAAUCAUAAGGACAUGGUUUGGCCAGGAAACACCCCAAGAUUUCUGUACUCCAGUCUGUUAAAUAUUGUUAUUUUUACUGAAAAGGUAAUCCAGAGGCCUUUGGAACAAGGAAGUAGCUUUCCAUCUUGCUUAAUGGUGAAAUAUCCUCUUAAUUGCCCUUGGUAAAGUAUAAAAUCUAAAUAUUGAAUGUAACUGUGGCUUAAGCCCUGUCUUUCACUUACUGAGCCAUUAAGAUUUUGGUGCACAUACUAUGCUUGGCCAGUUGGUUUAAUUUGAAUUACAAAAAGGUAUGUAAAGGAAGAAAUACUUUUGAAUCUAGUCACAGAUAAAAAAGCAAUCCCUAUGGUAAUACAGCUUUUUACACUAUUUCAUUUGUGGCUGGUUUGGACUUGAUGUAAACUCAAAUGUAGAAAUUAUACAUCCUGUGGGGUGGUAGGGAUGGAAUGUUACAGCAAAAGUCUUUGUAGAAAGUAAAGCUAGCUUCUAACUUGCAGGAUACCUGCUAACUUCAGUCAUCUUUGGUUCAUUGGCUUCUAAAUUGUGUUUCUGGGGUUUUAUGUCCCCCUCCCCAAAUGAUGCAAAGUCAGGAUAAAAGUGGUUCUGAGCCAAGAGAUUCACAUUUUACAUUGUGCUGAGAUUCUUUGUAUGCAUCAAGUCGGAAAGUCCAUUGAAGACACUGUUAACUUAUAAUUAAAUAAAUGGCAUCCUUUAAUUUGGAUAAACGUGGUAAGUAAAUCAGAUGUCAGGGAGCUGCUUUCUGGCAUAAAGAGGGUCAAAUGCUUAUUAUUGUCUGUAGCCAAGUCCCAGCCUUUGAGACUGCUGGCAAUAGUGGUGAGGUGAAGAAGAUGCUUGUCUUUUUCCCAGGAGAAUCUAGACUUAAAAUUUAAGCCAGAACAUGUGCCAUUUAACACAGUGUCACAUUGUUUAUACAGACAUAUGCCAAAAGAAUUUUGUACCCUGCUUAGGAUGCCAAGGAAAGGAAUCCACAAUGAGCCAUUGUACCUUUUCCCAAUGCACAGCAGUUCCAUUUUGCUUGAAACCCUUAAACAAGGCAGAGAAUCUUACCUUCUGUUCCCUAGUCCUUGAGCUUUCUUAGAGAUACCUGAAUUGGGGCUUCACAUAAGAAAUUCCUUUCCAAAUAAUAGGUUCAGUUCAAAGUCCUACAGCCAGUCUAGUUUUGACAUCUUGCUAACAUAAAGGCACAAGUAUACAGUAAUGCAGCUGCUCACAUAAGAAAAGCUACUCUUCCAUUGCACAGCUGGUCAAUAAUCUUUGUGAUGAUAUUCUUUACUGUUAACACAUAGCUGAUAGUUUAAAAUCAAGCUUCUCUUUUUGCAUAACUCCUUUGUUUCCUUUUGGUUGUUCAAAAGAUAACCCUAUUUGUUAAAUCCUGUUUCUUUCAGCUUUUGUUGAAGGUUGGUUGAAAUUUUCUGUCUCAAUAAAACCUUUCAGAGCUUCACUAAAAACAUUUCAACAUUUGAAUAGUAUUACUCUGGAAACCAGUACCAUUCUGAGGGUUUAUUACGUAGGCUGCACACGUUCUCCAAUCUUGCUA